CUGCUCCGGUAAGCUGCUCACCGUGAUAAGUACCGGACGGGUCAGAGGCAGUCAGAGCCUGUUCGUCAGUCGUCGAUAGGACACCGGGGUCUCCUUCACAGACACCGACAGCGUUUCUAAAUGCUCGCAGACACGCAGAAGAUGAUGAUGGCGACCUCUCCGUGGGACCGCUGGUACUCUACACGCUGCUGCCUGUGCUGCCAUGUCCGCACUGGAACCAUCAUCCUGGGGGUCUGGUACAUGCUCAUCAAUGCUGUGGUGUUACUCAUCCUGCUCACUGCACUCAGUGAUCCUGAGCAGUACCACUUGACCAGUGCCGAGUUGGCUAAUGACCUGGAUGUCAUGGAUGAUGCCAACAUGUGCAUCGCCUCAGCGAUCUCUCUGCUGAUGAUACUUAUAUGUGGGAUGGCAACAUAUGGUGCUUAUAAGCUGCGUCCUGCCUGGAUCAUCCCUUUUUUCUGCUACCAAAUAUUUGACUUUGCUCUCAACACCUUGGUGGCCGUCAGCAUUGUAGUUUACCCAAACACGAUUCAGGAUUACCUGCAACAACUGCCCGAUAACUUCCCUUACAAAGAGGAGGUCGCUGCUCUCAGUAACGUGUGCUUGGUCCUCAUCGUGCUGCUCUUCAUUGGCUGUAUUCUCGGCUUUAAGGCCUACCUGAUAGGAUGUGUGUGGAACUGCUACAGAUAUGUGAGUGGACGGAGUAGCUCUGAAAUCCUGCUCUAUGUUACGACCAAUGACACCACGGUGCUGCUACCGCCAUAUGAUGACAGUGUCAGCAUCCCUCCCAAGCAGACUCCUCCACCUUACACCACUGUUACAGCAUGAAAACAUUCCCAGGAUCCUGCCGACUGCUGUUGAUAAAACCCCAGCAGAAUUUAUGCACCACACUGCCUCUCCAGUGUACAGUAUAUUCAUGGAUAUAUUGUAGCUACACACACAUAUUACAGUACUCUUAAUGCAUGCUUACGUACAUGUACAAAAGCACAUUGCACAGCUACACAUAUACACACACCAGUACACCACCGUGUCCUCUCAUUCCUUCCUGUUAUUUACUGAUUUUUAUUUGUUCCUUUUUUCUCUGUAGCCUCCCAUAUAGCUCUCCUGUCUCUUAGCAUUCAUCUAGAAAUGAUGCACACAUUUAUGCAUUUGAAUCUGAGCGAAAUAACAUGAAAGCACUAGAAAGUUUGAUAGAUUAUAUAUUUUUAUUAAUUCUAUUUAUGCUCUGUGUGUCUCUAAUAGUAUUCUGUGGGUCCUACCUUUUCAUAAACAUAUUUAUCUUCUGCAGAAAUGCAAAAAAAAACAAAAAAAGAAACUUAUGGCUCACAUUAAUGAGUGAGGAGUUGUCACAUGUUUUGUGUUUUGUUUUGUCUAAGCUCGUGAUCAGGGUCGGAUUGCCUUCAUUCGUAACUUUCUCUCUGAUGGGGUGCACUUUAUGGACCCUUGUGUGAAGUGUCACCUUGACGGGAAGUUUCCCAAAGAAAUGCAUCUGCCUGUAUUCUGACAUGAUCAAGGAGCGACCUAGUGUAUAUCAAACAUAUCAGCUUAUUUUAUCACAGACAUAAUUAUGGUCUUGUGUUAUAGAAAUCAGGAGUGUUGACUUGUGCUGACAGAAUAUUCAGAACUUUUUAAUGUAAUUGUGUCUUUCUACUGAUUGAUGAGAAAUGUCUCGGAUUGCUCUUUAUCUAGAAGCACUGAUCUGGAAUCAGUUUGCUCUUUGAAGUCACUUUAAAUUGGUUGCUGUACGGGGAGCUGGAGCUCAAUAAAUAUGGACCCUGGUUGUGUUUUUUCAAUUAAGCCAAUGGGAGCUUUCUUGUCUGUGUAAACAUUACACAAGUCUGUUCCACCAGAUGGAGUUAUUGGCAAGCUACCCGAUCCCUGGACACAAAAUGUCCUGCAAGGACUCAGAUGUCGAACCUGAGGACUGUUGUAUGGAAAACAAAGAUGUGACAUAUAUUUAUCUAUUAAAAUCCAAUUUCACUGACA